ACAAAAUAGUCGUUUCCGUUUCCAGUUAACCUAUUUGACAUACACACAUGCAUGUAGCGUAGUUAGUUGUUAUGGUACGUUUAUCCGUUAACAUAUCGCAAUAACAUGGAUAUUUGAGUAAAAUAACAUAAAACAAAAUUGUAUGCGGUUGUUGAACUAGACAUGAUUAAUUAUAACUAGCUUGCUAGCUAAUAACCUUCUUAAAAACGUUCAAGCCAACGCCAGUCAGUGUGUAAUCAUGGCAGGAAUGUAUCGAGCUCUUCUAACAUCUGCCUCCAGUGUCACAAAGAAUCUGACACAAGCGACAUCAUGCCGCACUAAAUUCACUAAGAGUCGCAUCCCUCCACAGGUUUUUGAGGAACGAGCAAAAGAACAUGAGAAGUAUGGUGGUGACCCAGAACACCCCCAUAAACUGCAUAUAGUGACACGGGUUAAAAGCACAAUGAGACGACCCUACUGGGAAAUGAAGGUUGUUAAGAGUUUGGGGCUUAUGAAGGCACAUGAACCUCGUAUCCACAAGAACACCCCAUCAGUGAACAACCUACUGAAAAUCAUUAAGCAUCUGGUUAGGAUUGAGCCUCUUAAGCUUCCCUACGGAUUGCCUGCUGAGGAGGACAUGGCUAACACAUAUCUGAAUAGCAAAGGCGCUGGUGGUGAAACGUCUCCUGAAACCACUUGAGCAAAAAGCCAUUGAGUCAUAGAAUUUUUGUGGCCUACCAUUUGUGUUGUGUUUUUGUUGUUUAAUAAAGAUUUGAAUAUC